GGCGCCGAGGUUGCACAGCACAUCCGGGCGCGCCGGUAGCGGGCUGCGUGCGGGCUGCAUAAUUGAUGGAAGGCCGGCGCAAUUGCGCUGGGAGCGUCUCGGGGGUGGAGGCCAGGGCGGCCGGGCCCCUCCCACUCGGUUUAUUUUCGAGUGUCCUGUCCCCAGGACUGGCAGUGGGCUCCCAGUUACCAGCAAGUGUACACAGGGACCAACGGAGACGGAUCGCAGCAAGCUGAGGGUGCCUUAGCGACCUCCUGGACAGACCCGCCCGCGCCAUGCGCUCGCACACUGGCCUGAGGGCGCUUGUGGCGCCUGGUUACCCGCUCCUCCUUCUAUGUCUUCUGGCGGCGACGCGCCCUGAUCGGGCUGAGGGCGAUCCCACAGAUCCAACUUUUACAAGUCUACCUGUUCGAGAAGAAAUGAUGGCGAAAUACUCAAACCUUUCCUUAAAGAGCUGUAAUAUCUCAGUGACGGAAAAGUCCAAUGUAUCAGUAGAAGAGAACGUAAUUUUGGAAAAGCCUUCUCGUGUGGAACUCAAAUGCAUGUACACAGCAACUAAGGAUUUGAACUCGAUGAACGUGACUUGGAAGAAAGAUGAUGACCUCCUUGAGACUACGGAUGACUUCAAUACAACUAAAGUGGGCAACACCUUAACCAGUCAGUACAGGUUCAUCGUUUUUAAUAGCAAACAACUGGGAAAAUAUUCUUGUGUCUUUGGAGAAAAGGAACUAAGAGGGACCUUUAACAUCAACGUACCCAAAGCUCAUGGGAAAAAAAAGCCGUUGAUCGCUUACGUGGGGGAUUCUACUGUGCUGAAGUGUUCAUGUCAAGAUUGUCUUCCUUUAAAUUGGACUUGGUACAUGGGUAAUGAAACUGCACAGGUUCCCAUUGACGCUCACGUGAAUGAAAAGUACAUUAUCAAUGGUUCCCAUGCCAAUGAAACAAGGCUCAAGAUUAAGCAUCUUUUGGAGGAAGAUGGAGGGUCCUACUGGUGUCGUGCCACCUUCCCGUUAGGGGAGAGUGAGGAACAGAAUGAGCUGGUUGUGCUGAGCUUCCUGGUGCCCCUCAAGCCAUUUCUGGCCAUACUUGCCGAAGUCAUCCUCUUGGUGGCCAUCAUUCUGCUUUGUGAAGUGUACACACACAAGAAAAAGAAUGACCCAGAUGCUGGGAAAGAAUUUGAACAAAUUGAACAGCUGAAAUCAGAUGAUAGCAAUGGCAUAGAAAACAAUGUCCCCCGGUACAGAAAAACUGACUCUGCAGAUCAGUGAACACAGAAAGAGCACCGCGCCCUGGGAAGAAGGACAGCGUUGGAGUUUGUACUUCAGCUUCCUUAUUUUAGAUUUUUAAAAGACAAAGAUGCCCUCAACGUGCACAGAAGUAGCUUUAUGAACAAUAUAGUCCAUCUCCUACCUAAAGAUGUACUUUUAUUUUGUAAUUGCUUUUCAUUAAAGCAAGGUCAAUUGUUUCAGCUGUGUUCUGUGAGCUGUAACCUAGAUAAUAAACUCCCCUCUGUGGGCGAUCAGGGGUACAGGGUUGACACCAGCAAAAUCACUUAAUAAUCCACAAAUAAAUAUCGCUGAAGAUCUGUUUAUUACCAAAGAAUUUAUUAAAGAGGAAGCGUUUGCCAGUUGUCUUUAAAGUGUUUGCCUCCACCAGACAUCUUACCUAUAGAAGUAUUUAUCACAGUUUUCAUGUGAAGUGUAUCCAGUGUUGAGUGUGAUUUCUCUAGGAAAUGGAAAGUAUGCUUUCAAUAUCGGUGGCUACACUGCAGUCUAGACACUAAGAUAAACUUGUGCUAUAUAAAUAAUGGUGCAAAGUAAGGGAGUUCAAAUGCUUGUGCCAUGGCCACUACAUUGCCAGAGCUUCUCAUCUUCAUUGCACUCAUUUCUGCUCUUUCUCUCCCAAGCCGAAGAGCUUCCCAGCCUUAAGUAGGACAUUUUCCUUGUUCUUUGCCAUUGGGGUUUGGACUUCAAUAGUGUCCAGAGGGCAGAUCCACGUGGUCACAGUACAACACCGCUCGCUACCUGCAUGCCUUUGUGGCUCAUGGUUUCUGGGUGCCUUUACGUGCCAUCUCUUUCCUGGUACCAUACCUGGCUAAGUGUGUAAAAAUGCAUUAUUAGUGUUUUACAAUAAUAAUUCCUUUGGCUAACAUAUAGGAGUACUAGUGCACUAUUUUUAUGUUGCUGCGAAUGCCUUAGACUUAACUUUAAAACCGUAUCUGAGAUACUUUAUGACCUCAGUAGAACCAAAUCACUUCAGCAUUUUAAUGGACAUGGAAACUUGUCAAUGGCUUUAAAUGAAAUAAAAUGUGCCUUGGAUGGUUGGAUUAAA